AUGGAUUCUUUGCUGGCCAAUUACGCCUCCUCAGACGACGACGACAACCAACCUUCGCCGCGGGUGCCGUCGGAAAAACCAGUGAGAUCGGAUUCCAUAGCCGGAGAAGAGAGAGGUGAAGAAAGUUCUCCAAAAUCCACCGCAACACGCGGUGGGAUCUUCAACUCUCUCCCGCCGCCCAAAUCUUCCCUCUUCAAUUCACUCCUCCCGCCCAAAUCGAAGCCCUUCACUAACCCUAAGCCCCAAAUCGAAUCGGAGCAUCAGAGAGAAGUUAACGGCCGCGAGGAGCAAAAUGCGGGCAGUUCGAAUCCCAAACCUUCAUCCGCUUCUCUGUUCUCUUCGUUACCUCGGCCCAAAUCGUCUUCAUCGUCGUCAUCGUCUUCUACUGCGAAAAGGGUUGUUCAGUUUAGGCCUCCCACAAUUGUGAACCCGAAAAAAGAUGAAGAUGACGAUUCUGAUGAGGAUGAACAGGAAAGACAGAGGAAGAAAGCGAAAGAGACGAUAUCGACAGCUUCUGCAACCUCAUUCUUGUCUAGUAUUCCAGCACCCAAGCACUCGGCUACUCUGGGCAGCUUGCCUUCGGCAUUGGGUAGGAGAUCAAUGCUGGAAACAGAUACUCGAGCCUCCAUUGCAACUACUGGAAGUGAUUCAGUAGUUGGUCCCGUUAAGCCUAGUGAGGUGAGUCAUGGCUAUUCUGGUUUGAAUUCUGAGAGUGGAUAUUACGGUGAGAAUGCUGCGGAUGGUAAUUUUGAUUUGGCCCCUGAAAGCGGGAUUAGCAUGGGAAGUGAUGCUGGUAUGAAUGACAUUAAUGCGGUUAACGACUAUUCUACUAGUUCAGGUGGUGAAAGCUCUGCAUAUCAUGGUUAUUAUGGGAUUGGCCCAUCAGAAAAUGAAGGGUCCUAUGGAGUUUCUGAUUACCCGUACGGAAAUGGGGAUUACACGGCUUAUGCUGGUGGUUAUGGGGAUUAUGGUAAUAAUGCACAGUAUGAAAAUAACUGGAACAACAUGACAAGUUUGCCUGAGCCUGAGGUGUCAGGAGCUGUUGAACCUUCUUUUCCGGUUCCUGGCAAGAGGGGCCGGAAAGAUGUUCCACCUCAGAUAAUCGAGGUUAAGCAGGAUGAGUUGAUAAAAAACCGACCAAGGGAGGAUCAAGUCAAAAUGACUGGGGUUGCGUUCGGCCCUGCAUAUCAGCCGGCUUCAACCAAGGGUAAGCCCACCAAGUUGCAUAAAAGAAAGCAUCAAAUCGACUCUUUGUAUUUCGAUAUGAGACAGAAAGAGAUGGAGCUUGCCGAGAGACGUGCCAAAGGUUUUCUUACCAAAGCUCAAACGCAAGCCAAAUAUGGAUGGUGA